AUGCAGUCGCGUCGGCCGUCGGGGCUCACCCCCCUCGCCAUCGUCCUGCCACACCCGCCCCUCCCCCGCAGGCGUUCGUCUCUCCUCUCAAUCGGCUCAGCUACGUCCCCGCAUACGCCCAGGAGCUGCCACUCACCCUGCCUCCCCAUCUACAACUACCCCGCCAACAGGAAGAGCACAGACAGCUGGAACAGCUCCAAUGCCGACGACAUGGAAUUCGACUGGAAGCCUGACCAGGUCCUCCUCCUCACCCGCACCCUGGACGCGCUUCCUGCGCACCUAGUCACUCCUUUCAAUGGCCCCGUACCCCCCUCCAACCUCCUCGACAAGAUCGCCCGCGGCGUCGCACAGGCCAAAGGCCCCGCCGACUGGCCCCACUCCAUACGCGCAACCCGCGUCAAGCUCCUCGAGCUCGCCCGCGCCCGCGCCAAGGAGGAAAAGAACAACGCUGCCCACCGCCGGCACGUCAUCAAGGAGGAGGACAUCGAGGUAGACGACGCCUCUAAUUAUUCUUAUUUCCAUGACGGCCACGAAAAGCCCCUCCGAACCACCACAACUACAACCGCCCCAGCCGCCCCCGUCCCCCGUCGCCCGCUUUACCGCCAGUCAAGCAUGGACUUCAUCACUCCCGGUCCCGAUGAUAUCAAGGAUAACGCGAACAUCACUCGCCUCUCCAACCGCCUCCAACGCUCUGAUCGGCUUUUUCCCAACCCAGUCUACCACCCGUACUCCCGCGCGCCCCACUCGGCGUCCCAGCGAUCUGCUUCACCCCCGACAGAUGCCCCGUCCCUAGUAAACCAGUCCACGACAAGCUCAUCCACUCUGGACACCGACGCCUUCUCGGAAUUGUCUGCUGCGCCUCGCGUCCUGCGCCGCUCCGCCUCGACGAUCUCCUCCAGCUCCAUGUUCACCGACAGCAGCAACGGCAUGAUGCCCCUCGCCGACCCACGUAUCCAGCGCGUCAGGCGCUCCGACUCGGUCUGUGCGCCCGCUCCGCCGCCCAAGGACUUUCCCUUCCCGUCCAUCCACAGCGCAAGCGCCGGGCUCAAGCGCGCGCCGUCCUACGGGGCCAUCGCACAAGAAGCAAGGCAGGAGCACGCAGCGUUAGGUCAUGCGCGGACGCUCUCCGGCUCGUACCCGUCCUCGGACGAGGAGGAGAAAGCUCGGACCCGCCGUGCGAAGAAGAUCAAGACGAAGACUGGCACCGCGGUUCCCUCGACGCCUGGCGGUGCUUCGACCCCGCCUAGCUCCGUGCCUUCGUCCCCCGAUGCGAUGGUGAUAGCGACCGCGCCGUCCUCGCCUGUUGUCACUCGAAAGUCGGCGAAGGAAGGCGUGACGUCGCCCAAGCGAGUCAAGGGCGUGUCGGCGUGCAGAGACGCGCAGAAGGAAAAGGACAAGCUGGAGGAGGGAGUGAAGAGCCCGAAGUCGCCCAGUUCUAAAAGCAUGAAGAGGGCUGCUGAUAAGACGUCGGGCGAGGCGGGUAAGACAGGCAAGACGCGCUCCCAGGACAAGGACAAGGAGAAGGCAGGUGCGACUAAGGACAAGGCCGCCACGAGCAAGCCAAAGACGAAGCCCCAGCCGAUGAACCUGCAGAGGAACCCAAGCAUGUUCGGCGCUGAGCUGCCGCCUUUACGCAGCCCGUUGGGCAGCACGAACAAGGGCGACAACAACGCCAAUAUCUACAGUGGUGUCUCGCACAUACACGCUCGUCUCGCGUCUCCGCCUCCUCUUCCCCACAAGGCCCGCUCACCCGCCCCUGCUGCUGCUGCUGCGGCUACUUGCUCCCUGUCGCCCGCGCCGGCCCGUGCGCUCUCGCCUGCGCCCGUCAUCCACACAAAGGGCGUCGCACAGCUCUCUCCGCCAUUCUCUCCAGCGUCUUCUCCUUUGUCGCCCACACUGGCGACGUCUCCCAUGUCGCCUGCGUCGCCGCAGACAAAGACAAAGACAAAGACCCUACGCCGCGUGCGCCGCCUCGCGCCUGCGCGCCGCAUCUCCUUUGGGAGUCUGCUGCCGACGGGUGCGACUGCUGAGGUGGAGGGUGAAAGUGAAAGUGCGCUCGUUCCUGGGAGGGGGUGUUUGGGGAGUGCGUUUCAGUUGAUUUGA